CGCGUUUGAGACUUAUGGUUACCGCAGGCUUCCGUAGUCGAAGUACUGGAAGAAUGGCUAGUUGGAUGUGGCUCCGCUGUGUCUUCGGGCCUCAUUUACAACGAAUUCACCGUUCACCUGACCAGUCUCGGCCAGAGAGCAGAGCAGGGAGGAGGGGAUGGAACUACCAACCAUGGAGUCUAGAGAAACACACGGACAGCAUCCUUAGCUGGGCUUCAACAUUGUGGUCGUUGUCCUACUACAGCUCUCCUCUUCUCCUGUGCUAUCUCUACAGGAAAGGAUACAUUUGCAGCAGCAAAUUGGUUCCAGUGAGUCAGUAUGUGGGAGCUGUGCUGGUGUGUCUUCUAGGAGUGGCCUGUCUUAGAGGGUGGGGGAGAUGGAAGAACCCAGAGUAUCUUCAGUUUAUCUCCAUUCUUGAAGAAACCAAGAAGAAUCACACAUCAGCGAACAAGAAAAAACUGAGGUGCUAUGACUUUGACUUCUCCUGCUGGCCUUCAGAUUUCAGCUGGACAGAAGUCGGCAAGCCGAAACUGUCCAAGGCUGGUGUUUCUCUGCUGAAGCCAGAGCCCAGAUUAAGAGGAGCAGCAGACGGUAUCCUCAACUCUGUGCGCACUCUGCCAUGUCACAUCAUCAGCUUUCUUAUUGCCCACUCGUUUGGGAGGAGGAUGCUGUACCCUGGCUCUGUAGGUUUAGUACAGAAAGCCAUGAGGCCCAUGCUGCAGCAAGGCCAAGCAAGGUUAAUAGAAGAGUUUGACGGGCAAAGGAACAAGCUUGUGGCCUGUGAUGGUAAUAAAAUCGACACAAUGUUUGUGGAUCGAAGGAGAGACGGGGGACAGAUCAGCAAGACUCUGGUCAUCUGCUGUGAGGGGAACGCAGGCUUCUAUGAGGUGGGCUGCAUGAACACUCCACUGGAGGCUGGUUACUCUGUUCUGGGCUGGAACCAUCCUGGCUUUGGAGGCAGCACGGGAGUACCAUUCCCCCAAAAUGAGGCCAAUGCUAUGGAUGUAGUGAUCCAGUUUGCAAUCCACAGGCUGGGCUUUCAGCUCAGUGACAUUGUUGUAUAUGCCUGGUCCAUAGGAGGAUUCACAGCCACAUGGGCAGUGAUGUCAUACCCAGAGAUCCAGUCUGUAGUGUUGGAUGCUUCCUUUGAUGACCUCCUGCCUCUGGCCCUCAAGGUCAUGCCUGACAGCUGGAGGCCAUUGGUGCAGCACACAGUUAGGCAGUACGUGAACCUCAACAAUGCAGAGCAGCUUAUUAAAUACCAGGGGCCAGUCCUGCUGAUCAGGAGAUCCAGAGAUGAGAUCAUCACCACAGCGGGUCCACAGGAUGUCAUGUCUAACAGAGGCAAUGACCUCCUGCUCAAACUGCUACAAUUCAGAUACCCCAAAAUAAUGACAGAUGAAGGGAUCAGAGCUGUCAGACAAUGGUUGGGAGCUUCCAGUCCCCUAGAAGAAGUAUCUGUGUACAGUGACUAUGAAGUGGACGAUGACUGGUGUGUCUCUGUGCUGCAGUCAUAUCAAGCUGAUAGGGAUGUGUUGUUUCCAUGGAGUGUCGGUGAAGAUAUGACUCUGGAGGGAAGGAGGCAGCUGGCUCUUUUCUUGGCACGGAAGUACAUGCGAAACUUUGAAACGACACACUGCACCCCUCUCCCCGCCUCCGAGUUCCACUCACCCUGGAGACUGUGAAGAAAGAGGAGGAUAGGUGGAUGAGAGAAGGUGAACAGUGGAGGAUUCGGAUGGCCUGUGGUCACAGCGCGUUCCUGGCAUGUACGAAUGUAUUUUGUUCCAGACAUUUUUUUUUUUCCAGGAGAUUUGGUGUCAUGUAUAGUAUGUGGUGCUGUGUACAGUGACUAUGAAGUGGACGAUGACUGGUGUCUCUGUGCUGCAGUCAUAUCAAGCUGAUAGGGAUGUGUUGUUUCCAUGGAGUGUCGGUAAGCCCUGUGCUGUGGUAGCACCUGGAAAGAUCUGUCACCAUCACCACCAGCCAAAAAAAAAAAAA